AUGCUCGUCCGGAUAUCCAUCAUUGCUUGGCUGUUGUUCGUCGUCGCCGUGCAAGCCGGGAUUUUGCGAAGGAUGCCCCUAUCCACCGAUUCCUCCUAUGCCGAAUCAUCAAACGUUCGCGUAGAGCGAGCACCCCGACGCGCACACCCACCCUCGCUAAAUGUCUAUUGCCUACUACACGCCGAGAUCUGCAACCGAAUGAGCCUCAACACGAAGCGGCAACCCGACUUC